GCUUUGAUAUUUCUUCCCUUGUCAAUCAUAUAUAUCCGAGAAAACUUUGCUCCACUGUAGGCUUCUAGUGCGCGCGCGCUUUGCAAGCUCCACCGGGCACCUACCCUCUUGCAGCUUAUCAUCUCCCGAUCUUCGCCAACAGAACAAAGAAUCCUCCACACCGGUGUGGUGAGACUUCCCGUUUACCAUCUGCACGCCACGUAUAAUACCAUGAUUUGGAUUCUCCCUUACUAUUAGAGGUGGUUAAAAAACCGUCAGGGUGUGGUAUUCAACUAUCUAUGACGGUCUCCCAUGUCGCAUGAGGCAUACCUCCGCCAGUGUUAGUUCGAUGGAGAAGGCAUCAUGAAGCUAGAAGAUUUAUUAUAACUUGGAGAAAAUAAACCAUUCAAGCAUGAUACCAAGUGAUCUACCGUUCCUAUUUUUACAAGAUAUUACAAAUGGAUUUUCAUUGAGCCGACAACUUGGAAGAGGUAGCUAUGGAGAAGUGUUCAAGGGAGUGGAUAAGAACGGGAAAGAGAUUGCAGUAAAAAAGAUCUAUUCCAUUCCAGCUGAUGACGUGCAAUUUAAGAAUGAGUUAAGUAGCCUUAUGAAGGUCCGGCAUCAAAAUAUUGUACGGUUAGUUGGCUAUUGUUAUAAUGUGCGACAUACACAUGAGAAGUUUUGCCAGGAAAUUGUUCUAGCGGAAAACGUAGAUAGAGUUCUAUGCCUUGAAUAUUUGCCUGAGGGGAGCCUUGAUACGUUUCUCAGUGAAGAAUCUUGUGGCCACGACUGGCCCACACGUUACAAAAUAAUAAAGGGCAUAUGUGAGGGAUUAAAUUACCUCCACAGAGAGUCAAUUGUCCAUCUAGACUUGAAACCUGGUAAUGUACUGCUGGAUAAGAGGAUGAAUCCAAAAAUAGCCGAUUUUGGGUUAUCAAUAAUGCUCUCUGCAUCCACCCAUAUCACCGAACAAAAAAUAGGCACAGUUUUAUACAUGGCACCUGAGUACAGAUGGGGAGGGGAGAUCUCAAGCAAAUGUGACGUAUUCAGCCUGGGUGUAAUGAUCGUACAGAUAAUAGCAGGAAAGGAAGGCUACUCCAAACUUGGUGAAAUGUCAAUAGACUCUCAUUUUAUUGAGCUUGUACACAAGAAUUGGAGGAACAGGAUAGAGGCAGCACCUAUAUACGCUUCAAGGGAAGAAGACUGCCGGCAAGUGAAGAGAUGCAUCGAAUUAGCUUUAGACUGUGUGAAGGCUGACAAAGAUAAGAGACCCACUGUAAGAGAAAUUAUCAAUGAGCUAAAACAGGUGGAAACUAAAGGUUCAACAUCUCAUUGGGACCAGGCUAGGCUUGCCAAGAUUGGGAUGUGGGGAGGAGUUGGAGGGGGUCAUCGUGACAUUGAGGUAGCACCGAGCCGUCUGAAAAGCUUGAGACUAGGCAGUGGCGAGGUUAUCUACUCACUUGAGUUUUCAUACAAUGACCAUGACGGGAGAGAGCACACUGUUGGUCCAUGGGGCGGCCAUGGCCCUGAAGGUCAUGGAAAAAUUCGUGAUGUGAUUAACUUCCGCCCUUCAGAGUUUAUAACAGAAGUGUAUGGAACAAUCAACCCAUUUGGCCCGGCACCAGCCGGUGUUGUAAAAUCUCUUACUAUCACCACCAAUAUGGAGAGAUAUGGUCCUUUCGGAGAAGUAGAAGGAGCUCUAUUCAGGAUCCCAGUGCAGGAUAAUGGCAGCAUAGUUGGGUUCUUUGGGCGUGCAGGGUGGUACUUAGACGCAUUUGGCGUCUACGUGAACCCUAAACAAGAAACAUGUCAGUCUAGGCUUGCCAAGAUUGGGCCAUGGGGUGGAAAUGGAGGGCAGGUGCAUGACAUUGCCAUGGCACCUCACCAUCUCGAAAGUGUGACGAUUUGCAGUGGCACUAUAAUCGAUUCACUCAUGUUUACAUACCGUGACAAUGAUGGGCGGCAGCACACUGCAGGUCCAUGGGGGCGAUCUGAUUUGAGCGCACGAACUGAGACGAUCAAGCUUAGCGAUUCAGAAUAUCUGACAGGGGUCUAUGGAAGAACCGGUCCGUUUGCUCAUGGAUCAGGCGAUGUUGUGACAUCGCUUACUUUCGUCACUGAUGGACAUAGAAAAUUUGGACCUUUUGGAGAAGCCGGAGGAACUCCUUUCCAGAUUGAAAUGUGGGACAAGGGCAGCAUUGUUGGCUUCUUCGGCUGUGCGGGGUCGUAUCUUCAUGCAAUUGGUUUCUACGCGAUCCCAGAUCAAGAAGCAAUGCGAGAACAGCUGAUCUCAUCUCACGAGCCUGGAUAUACCAAGAUUGGGCCGUGGGGUGGCGUUGGAGGGAACUUACAGGACAUCUCCACCGACAAGGCACCACACCGUCUUGAAACUGUGACAAUCAGUUGCAGCUCCGUCGUCAACUCACUUUCUUUUUCGUACAUGGACUUCAACGGACAUAUGCACACUGUGGGUCCAUGGGGUAGUCCUCGUGGAAACAUUUAUACGAUUAAGUUCGAUCCUCUGGAGGUGCUGCAAGGAGUUCAUGGCACAGUUGGUCCAUUUUGUGAAUUACCGAACGUCAUAACCUCGCUUACAUUUGCCACGAAUCAUUGCCGUGCAUUUGGACCUUUCGGACAAGGAGGAGGAACUCCCUUCCAUGCCCCAGCAGAGAAAGAUGGCUGCAUCGUGGGCUUCUUUGGGCACGGAAGGUCAUGUGUUGAAUCAUUUGGGGUCCACGUGCAUAGAUACUGACUUGCGCUUCUUUGGCUAGACUUUAUGUCUAUAUUUUUUUUCCUAAAACAUGCAACAAAGUGUGUGUCAUUUGUAAUAGAAGUACUCCUCUGUACUAAAAUGAGUGUCUAAG